AUGGUAUACUCCUUGCUGAAUUUGCUUAUUACUGUGGAUAAUGAUCUUGCUAUAAAAAUAUAUAUCAAAGCCAGAGCUACUCCAAAAGUUGUUACUGCUUUUGCUGCGAAAAGGGAGUUUGACAAGAUUCUGAUAUACUCGAAGCAGGUUGGGUAUACACCUGACUAUCUCUUCCUUUUGCAAACGAUUCUCCGGACAGAUCCUCAGGGUGCUGUUAAUUUUGCAUUAAUGAUGUCGCAAAUGGAGGGCGGUUGCCCAGUUGAUUACAAUACCAUAACCGAUCUGUUUCUUCAGAGAAACCUGAUCCGUGAGGCAACUGCCUUUCUCCUAGAUGUUUUGAAGCCAAAUCUACCAGAACAUGGGUUCCUUCAAACAAAGGUGUUGGAGAUAAAUCUGGUAACUUUCCCUAAUGUUGCUGAUGCAAUUUUGGCUAAUGGCAUGUUCAGCCAUUACGACCGUCCUCGUAUUGCCCAACUUUGUGAAAAAGCUGGUCUUUAUGUGCGAGCUUUGCAACAUUACACAGAGUUGCCAGAUAUAAAACGCGUGAUUGUAAAUACACAUGCAAUUGAGCCACAGUCACUUGUUGAGUUUUUUGGUACUCUGUCGCGAGAAUGGGCAUUAGAGUGCAUGAAAGACCUAUUGCUGGUCAAUCUUAGAGGCAACCUGCAGAUAAUUGUGCAGGUACAGAAGUACUGUUGUCUUCUAUAA